GCCUGGUGUCCUCAGCAGUGGUUGAAUUUCAGAGGGAAAACCGCCUUUUAAACGGUUUUGUAGUACUUAAUGGAUCAGGCUGUUGACUGCGAGCGACACCUCCAGCCGGCUCCAGCCGAAGCGUUACUGCCACCGCAGCGCGGGCUUGGGGGACCCAGGACGUUCCCGCCCAGCAGCGAGGUUCCGGCCCCGACGGAGCCUUUGCCUUCCUGGAAGGGCAGGCGCGCUGGGCCCGGGGCGCGGCGCUUGGCUGCGGUAGCGGGAAUCAUGGCAGCUGAUGAACAUAGCACAAAGCAAGCUUUAGAAGAACAUCCAGAUGAAACCUUUAACAGAGCAGACAUUCAGGGAUUAAUCGAUGAGAUUAUGAUGGUAAAUACCCAGUUGGAGAAGGAGAUCAAAAAGUUGGAAGCUGAAUUACAAGAGAACUCCCAAGACAUCCAGAUUAAGGAAGAUAUCCCCGGAGCGAAAAUGAAAUUUGUAUCAGUAGAGAAUCCUGAGAAUGACGACAAGUUUUUAAAUGUUUCCUGUACAUUUCAAGUGAGCUCGCAAGUUCCUUAUGAGCUACAAAAGGGACAAGCACUUAUCACCUUCGAAGAGGAGGAAGUUGCCCAAAAUGUGAUAAGAAUGAAGAAUCACUGUGUACAAAUACAGGAUAAAAAUGUGAAGAUGGUGGCCAAGCCAGUUCCGUUAAACUCAGGAGUCAGAUUUCAGGUUUAUGUAGAAAUUUCUAAAAUGAAGAUCAAGGUUACUGGGAUUCCUGAUGAAUUGCCCAAGGAACAGAUGCGGGAUAAACUGGAACUGAGUUUCUGCAAGUCCCGAAAUGGAGGCGGGGAGGUGGAGAGUGUAGACUACGAUGAGCAGACUGGAAGUGCUGUCAUCACCUUUGUGGAACUUGGAGUUGCUGACAAGAUUUUGGAAAAGGGAGAUUAUACUCUGUAUACUAAUCAGGACUGCCAUAGAGUUCUUGUUUCUCCAUAUAUGGAAACACAUUUGAGAAAGUAUCAGGCAUUUUCAGGGGUCUCUAAGAGGACAGUGCUGCUCACUGGAAUAGAAGACAUUCAUAUGAAUGAAGACUCUGUAGAGGAUUUCAUUGGCAUUCAUUUCCAACGGGAGAAGAAUGGAGGUGGGGAAGUAGAGGUGGUCAAAUGUGCUCUAAACCAACCUCAUACAGUGUAUUUUGAAGAAUAGAAUGAUAGAAUUAUAUGAAAAUUACAAAUUCUGAGCCCAAGUCUCUAACUAUUUGACAAAGAUGAAUAUGGUAUUCAUCAGAAAGGAGAAAAAUGUGAUUAUUUAGUGUCUGCUAAUUUUUACAAAGUGUAUUUUCAUGUGUUUGUAUUCUACUUGGGAUCUAACUGUGCUGCCUGUUUUCAAACGAAUAAGUGCACUUCUGUUCAUCUGUUAUGUUGGGGGCAGAGGGAUAAGAGCUCCAGGCUGCUGAAGUCAACUUUAAGUGAUUUCUGGGUCCUCCAGUUUGAACUGGCUCUGUCUGCAUGGACCUGUAGGCCAACUGGGUUAUGACCCCUGCCAAGUAUGCGGGCUUGAUACUUCACAUUUAAGAAAAAUGCAGUGACAUGUAGCAGUUUCUCAUUUCUGUGGAUUUUAUCAAAGAUUCAAGUCCUUUCAUUCCAUAAAUCCAAAUCUUCCCAGAGCCGAGUGUGGUCUUUUCCCUGAAGUUUGCCAAGUGUCUCCUGAUUCCCUUUGAGUCAUCCUUGCUUCCAAAUACAACUGGUAAAGCCUGGCACUCUUUUUUGGUUGUCUUUUACACUUUAAUGGAAAGAAUCUGACAAUUUUGAAAUAAAGAAAGAAAUAAAUACAAAGUUAGCCAUUUGUCCUGAUUGCUGUGAGGAGAUAACAGAGUUAGACACUCGGUUAUUGUCCUCCUGGAGCUGAAAGUUUAGUGGGACAGAGACCCAGUUUGUUAGUAUCUACUCUUUUUAUCUUGCAGAAACUUAAAUGACAAAAUGAAAGCUUUCUACUCAUACAAAGUGAGAUUUUUGUGGGGGUGGAAAAGAUCGGGGACCUUUGGAAGAUUUUAUCGUAAACUUGUUUGUUUCAGGAAAUACCAGAAGCAGAAUUAAACUCAUAAUGAAAUGCCUGCAUAAAUUAAAUACAUUUAGAAAGUAUUUUCAACCUAAACCUAUCCAAUGUGCCUGCCAUCUAAAACAAACCAAAAA